UCGGUACAAACGUUAAGUAUUGACACAUCCACCAGAAAAAAAAUAUAAUUAUGAUUAUCACAUAAUCCCGAUAUUAUUCACCAUCACGUACUGAAUGUUGACACUGUAGUCUACUGCACCUGCACACCCUGACCCUCCCCCCUAUGCUCGUUGUGGAGCAUGUCCAAGGGGAGUGCGGUGAAUGUACCCGGUAAUGUCUAUCCCGAUCUGCAGUAUCUAACCUCCAGCUACGACAUCACCGCCCUCGCGCACCAGCCUCUCAUUCCCGUGCCCGUGGCCCCCCUGGCCCCCGCGCUGCCCCCGUCGGCUGCCUCGCAGCAUAGUCUGCACGGUCCCGCGGCGCCCAAGACCCGCGAGAGCGUGGUGUUCAGUGGGACGAAGAUCCCGGAAAAGGUCACGCCGUCCGGGAACCCCUCACUGUUGAUAGCGCUGCAGGGCGGGAAGCACAAGGACGUCCUCGAUGAUGAUCCGCUGCUGGAUCUGCCGGAGGCCGCCGCGGGCGACUGCCAUUCCACGCGGAAUCGGCUGACGUCCAAUACGUCGCGGAUGUCGGCGGCGCAGUGCCGGAUAUGCUUCUCCGCAUCCGGGGAUAAUCUGGCCACCGGCAACACCCCGAUCCUGGUGCAUCCGUGCGCCUGCGAUGGCAGUAUCCGUUUCUGUCAUCCCGAGUGUCUCCUGCAGUGGGUGCGGCAGAGCGGUUCCUUCGUGUGUGAACUGUGCAAGACGCGCUACCGUAUCAAACGGAGCGGCCUCAAGCGUUGUACACAGUGGCGUAUGCCGGCGACGGACUCCAUCGACUGGAUCCACAUGGUCAUCUUCUUCUUCUCCGUGGCCUUCAUCGUCGGCUCCAUCGUCUGGAUGACGUGGCUGGGAUUGGGCCAGCGCCUCGUCCACCCGGCCGCCGAAGCCGUCAUGGUCAACUACCGCGCCCACGAAGCGGCCGCUCCCCCGGACGCCGGUGUCGCCUCCCCCACGGUCUCGGCGCUGGGCGACUUCAUGGUGCCGGCCUUCAUCCUGUACAGUAUCAUCGACGUCCUCUUCCUCUUCAUCGCCGGCAUGGAGCUGGUCUUCACCAUCACGCCACUGCUGCGCAAAUGGUACCGGAUGAACCAGAAACUGAUUAUCGAGAAUCAUGAUGUGCAUGUCACGCACUCGUUGCCGCGCUAUGUUAACGCCAAUAUGAUUGCGGCGUCGGCGAACGGGGAUGGGAAUCAUGUCCUGGGUGUCCAGGCGUCUAUACCGUGUGUUAAUGAAGAACGCGAGCGCAUGGUACAAGAACAUAACAACAUGCUGUGAUUCGA